UUAAAUUUUUGUAAAAAAAAAAAAUAAAUUCGUUAAAAAUGCCAAUUUCAACAAUUAUCAAAAAAGCUUCAAGUUAUAUCCUGGGGUAUGGUGAUAUUAUCAGUGAAGAAUCCUCCCAAAAACAGUAUGAAGAUAAUGAAAUAUUAUUUUGUAAAAAUAAUGUCUGCGUUCAUCCACCGGCGAUGGCUCGACAAGAGUAUGACAUCAUUCAUCAUCCUGGAUACUUAACAAUCACAACAAAAACGUUUGUCGAUCAAUACAAUGAUGCAAAACGACCAACAUUGUUCCUAAAUUGGAUACCAAAUAGUACCCUAAGAAAAUGCCCAAAUACAUUAGAAAUUUCAACAGAUGUUUUAAAACAGAAUGGUUUUAAUAAAGAAACAUAUUUUGAUAACGCCUCAACGAAAUUCAUUCGACGUAAUAGCACUGAAUCGUUAAUAUCGAGUGAUUCACGUUCUUUGGAUACUCCGAAAAAUUGUACAAAUCCAUUUUUGACGGAAUACGAUCCACGCAAUCGUAGUGAAGAUUUAACAUCGAAUGUCAGUGAUUGUUCACGUUCAAUAAGUCCUGAUGAAUUGAUGAAAGAUGAAAAUAGUGAUUUACGUAUUAAUAUAAAUGUAGAAAUAGCAAAUCCACAAAUUGAAAUUAUCACCACCCCAGAUAGUGUUAAGGAUGUUACUGAAAGUUAUCACCAUCAAAAAGCAUUCACAUUUUCACGAUCUGAAUCGAUUAUAUCGUAUGAUGAGACCACUCAGCCAUGGAUGACAACACCAGAAUUAUUAGCGUUACAACACAAUCUUACGUUUCCGGAGAGUGCAACAGCAUCACCGGUGCUCAGUUAUAUGUCACGAAUGCAACAUAAAUGCAGACGUUUUAGUGUGGAUUUAAGUCAAAUGCGUUCGUUACGAUUAUUUUUUAGUGAUAGUAAUUGUACAUGUGGUCAAUUAGUUGUGGCCUCACGUGAAUCUCAAUAUAAAAUUUUACAUUUUCAUCAUGGCGGUUUGGAUCAUUUAGCACAAGUUUUACAUCAAUGGCAUUCGCUGUUACAUAAUAUUAAAUUAACUAAAGGUGGAGACGAUAAUUUACCAUAUCGACAUUUUAUGGUUUGUCGUCCUGAAGUUACUAGCCAAGAAUUACACCCUGAAGAAGGUCGUGUACCACGAUUAACUGCUGAUGCAUUCCGUAGUUUAUUAAAUGAAAGUGGCCAGCUAGAGGAUGAUUUAGCCUUAAGAAGAUCCGUAUUUUUUGGUGGAAUUGAAAGAGGUUUACGUAGUACCGUUUGGCCUUUCUUAUUACAUGUUUAUCCAUAUCAAAGUACAUACGAGGAACGAAUACAAAUAUCAGAGUUUAGAAGACAGGAAUAUGAAGAAAUAACUCGUCGUCGUUUACAUGAAAUGACCGAUGCAGAACAAGAAAAAUUCUGUCGAACCAUACAAUGUGUUGUUGAGAAGGAUGUAAUUCGUACAGAUCGAGGUAAUCCAUAUUUUGCUGGCGAGGGAAAUCCAAAUAUUGAUACCAUGAAGAAUAUUUUGCUCAAUUAUGCAUUUUAUAAUCCUAGUUUAGGAUAUACUCAAGGUAUGAGUGACUUACUAGCCCCGGUUUUAUGUGAAAUCGGCGAUGAAGCUGCGACAUUUUGGUGCUUCGUUGGAUUAAUGCAAAGAGCAGUUUUUGUUGCGACACCAACCGAUAACGAUAUGGAGCGAAAUUUGAAAUAUUUACGUGAAUUAAUACGAAUAAUGGUGCCUCAUUUUUACGCCCAUUUAGAGCGACAUGAAGAUGCUUUGGAGUUACUAUUUUGCCAUCGUUGGAUAUUACUAUGUUUUAAGCGUGAGUUUACAGAAGCUGUUGCAUUGCAAAUGUGGGAGGCUUGUUGGGCCAACUAUUUAACUGACUAUUUUCAUUUAUUCUUAUGCUUGGCAAUAAUUUGUGUGUAUGCUGAUGAUGUAAUUGCUCAAGAUUUAAGAGCUGACGAAAUGUUAUUGCACUUUAGCUCAUUAGCCAUGUAUAUGGAAGGCCACGUGAUUUUACGCAAAGCACGUGGAUUACUCCAUCAAUAUCGACAAAGAACACGAAUUCCAUGUACAUUACGUGAAUUAUGUACAAGAUGCGGACCAGGACAAUGGGAUAGUACACAUAGUCCAGUGGUUGAAUGUGUUGGCACAAAUGAUUGCCCGUGUCGUGUAAAUGAACUUGAAUGAAAUUCGGAGAUACCUCUUGUAAAAUAUUUAUUUGAAGCUAUAAUUUUAAAGUAAAAUUGAAAUUUUUGGUUUAAAAAAAGUCUAGCAAAUUUCAAAAAACAAAUGGCUUCUUAUAUUGAAUGUAUAUCGAAAACACCUGCGGUGUUAGGUUGAAAUUUAAAUUAGAAUUUGUUGGAAGUUUUUUAAACUAAUUUAAAUAAUAUAGGUUUUUAUUCAUAAUUCUUAUAGGCUAGCCAACAAGCAUCAUUUUAGGAAGAACCUGAUCUAGUUCUCGAAAAAUUAUGAUCAAGAUGUCAUUUGAUCGGUAUUAUGUUUAGAAACUUUUCGUACACAAAUGGAGAGGUUGUGAUAAAAUCUUUAACGAGCAGGAAAGUUGCUUAAAAAAUUAUUAGCAAUUCAUAAACAUAUCCAUUUUUUCAAAUAAAUAACUUUAGCAACAAUACUCACAAUAAUUAAAUACGUUUUUAGCGCUAUUUUCACCUACCAAACUAUGAAUGUUGGUAUCUGUGGUCCGGAAAGCAGAACUUUUAUAGUUUCCGAGAUAUUUGCAAAAAACCAAACUCCCUCUUUUUUGCUUAUUAAUAUUGCUUAUAAGUUUUGUAAUUUUUUCCACAGCCUCUUCUUUUGUGUACGAAAAUUUACUAAACAUAAUUCCGAAUCAAAUGAUACCUUCAUCAUAAUUUCCCGAGAACUAGAUCAGGUACGUCUAUAAAAUGGGGCUUGUUGACUAGACUAUUAUAAAUUUUUGAAAAAUGUUAUGUGGCAUACUCAAAUUUUUUCAAUUAAAUGUUUUUUCGUGUGAUGUUUUAUUUGCAAUAAGAAUACAUACUUUGUCAAUUUAUGAAAAGAAAAAUUUAUAAGCUAGGUCCCAAAU